CCUCCAGGAGUGCCGCUCACUCCGCGCCAGGGCCAGGCUGGUGCUGGGAGCUCCCAGAGCCAAGCACGCAGAGCCUCCCCGAUGGCCACCGAGGAGCACGGUCCCGCGGCCGCCAAGGAGGCGCGGGUGGACGGGGUGCCCAAGCGGCAGCCGCCGAAGCCCCACUGGUACGAGCGCUACGUGCAGCCCUGCGUGGCCGAGCUCCUGGGCAGCGCGCUCUUCAUCUUCAUCGGCUGCGCCUCCGUCAUCGAGAACGCCGAGGGCACGGGGCGGCUGCAGCCCGCCCUGGCGCACGGGCUGGCCCUGGGGCUCAACAUCGCCGUCCUGGGGAACAUCAGCGGCGGCCACUUUAACCCCGCCGUGUCCCUGGGCGCCUGGCUGAUCGGCGGCCUGAGCAUCACCAUGCUGCUCCCCUACUGGGUGUCCCAGCUGUGCGGCGGGGUGGUGGGAGCCGCCCUGGCGAAGGCGGCCACGGCCGGCGAGCGGUACGCCAACGCCAGCGGGGGAGCCUUCGGCAGCAUCGCCGCCGACGCGCAGGUCCCCGCCGCGCUGGCCGCUGAGAUCUUCCUCACCGCCCUCCUGGUGCUCACCGUCUGCAUGGGGGCCCUCAACGAGAAGACCAGCACCCCGCUGGCACCCUUCUGCAUCGGCUUCGCCGUCACGGCCGGCGUCCUGGCGGGAGGUGCCAUGUCCGGAGCCUGCAUGAAUCCUGCCAGGGCCUUCGGGCCGGCGCUGAUAGCCGACUACUGGGACUACCACUGGGUUUACUGGGUCGGGCCCGUGAUCGGCGGCGUGCUGGCUGGUGCCCUGGUGAGGCUCCUGAUCGGCGACCGGAAAACGCGCCUGCUGCUGCUGUGA